AGCGAAUUAAGCCGCAAGGCCCGCCGUUUGGACGCUAAAAAGGCAAAAUGCGAACAAACAACGUCAUGCCCUGGCCUUGUCCGCGUACCGUUUUGGCCAGGCGUCGGCGUCGGGGUUCCGGUACAGCCGCGCCCAUCACAGCCUGGCGCUGGUAGAUAAGCAGAGCUCGGAUACGUGCCAACUCAGUUUUUGCAUUCUCCUUGGACAGCAGACAUUAUCGACAAAAGAAACAACAACAGACACUAUCAAUCGAAUUUACGAGCCGAAUUCCGAAUAACAUCACCGUUGGGGAGACAGGCAGCGCGCUCGCAUGACCAGUCACAAGACCAUCCGCCAAAGAGCGUAAGCGACCACAAUGAACCGCCUAUUCGGAGGAUGGGGUUCGAAAAAGGACUCGGGGCCUGUCAAGAGCCCAGAAGAGGAGAUGAAGGAGGAAAAAGACAACCUUGCGCAUGCCCUCGGCGCUGCCGCUCGUAUCAUGGACGACGACCUCGACGCCGCUAUCAAGGAGCUGGCAGAGCGAGAUUCGGCUUAUCACGACAUGGGCGCUGCUGUGACAUUCUUCAUGCGUUCCGUUUUGGGCCUGGAAAAGGAAGCCAUGGCCGAUGCCGCCAAUAGACUUACCGAAGUGGAAAACAGAGCCUGGCAUGAAAUGAAGCGGCUGCAAAAACGAGGCAAAGUCGCUGGUGGCAGCGACAUUUAUCCGCCAGGCACAGAGAUGGAGAUUGUCGUAGUGCAGGCCCAGCUGAUGAGUGCCGUGGUGGGCGUAUUGCAUGAAAAUUUGGUCGAGGCGAUGAAGGGCUUUCUAAAGCUGAGAAAAGCCUUUAUUUCGCUAGACGCCAUCUUGGCGAUUGAAGCAAAUGAGACGGAAAGACGAUCCAAAUUGGUAGAUAAGCCGAAGACGGAGAUGGCAACAACCAACGGAACGACAGAGACCGAUUCAGAUGGUCUUAUCGACACCCCCGAAUACACAACCGCUCAAACGACACCGUUACGAACAUCAUCGGACGACGAUACAAAGCCAACACAGACAAACUUAGACACAGAGCUCCAGUUUGACAACCCUCUCGACAUCUUCAUUCAUUCCGCGUCAAACAUGUGCUUUGGCAUGAUUAUGCUCAUGCUUAGCCUUUUGCCGCCGUCGUUUUCCAAGAUUCUUGCCGUUGUGGGAUUCCGCGGUGACCGUGCACGAGGAGUCAAGAUGCUCUGGAACUCAUCAUCACACCCCAACAUGAACGGUGCGAUUGCCGCCCUGAUGCUGCUAGCCUACUACAAUGGGCUUUUAGGCGCGGUCGACAUUUCACCAGCGCCCAAGGACUAUGACGAAUCAGCAGAGACGGUGGGAGCACCAAGAGAAAAGUGCAUCAAGCUGCUCGAGGAGAUGCGCACCCAGUUCCCCAAGUCCAGGCUUUGGCGUGUCCAAGAGUCCAUCAUGACGGCCAACGAGGGCAAAGUGCAGCAGGCGAUUGAGAUUCUUACCUCGGGAGAGCCUGCUAAGAUGAAGCAAGUGGCAGCUGUUAACAACUUUGAGCUGUCGCUGAAUCGAAUGAUGGCGCAGGACUGGGCCAAGAUGAGGGACGACUACCUUCGAUGUCUUGAACUCAACGACUGGAGCCCUGCCAUGUACUACUUCAUGGCAGGCUGUGCCUCGCUCGAGAUGUACCGAGAUGCGGUCGUGACAGGUGACGAGACAGAAGCCAAGCUACAAAAGAGCAAGGCGGAGGGAUACUUUGAAAAGGCGCCCAGCGUCAUUGGCAAGAAGCGCCUCAUGGCGCGCCAGCUUCCUCUGGAAACGUAUCUCCAGCAUCGCAUCCAACGCUGGCAAUCACGAGCUAAGGAGUUGGGCGUGGACCUGGCCGAUGCCAUUGGCUUGCCGCCCGUGCUGGAGAUGAUUUACAUGUGGAACGGACAGAAACGAAUGGGAGAGGCCGAAAAGCUACGAGCUCUCGAGACGAUGGAAUGGAGCCGUUAUACAGGCGACAAGCAGGUGCUGGACAAGAUCCAAGCCGAGGCAGAUGAAAUGGCAGUCUGGGCCAUCUGCCGGGCAUCUAUUCUUAAGGGUCUCGGCCGAAUCGACGAGGCACGCGCUUUGCUGGAAGAACAUGUCACCAGCAAGGACAAGGCGCUGUUCAAGGGCCAGGACAAGAAUGACUGGGUUAUGCCGACGGCCAUCUACGAGCUUGCAACGCUAUCAUGGAUGGAGUGCAGCGCGUCCGACGACGUUGAGAUAAGGAAAGAAAAGGCAGAAGCAUGCAGAGAGCUGCUGAACAAAGCCAAGGCGUGGGAGGCGUACACCCUGGAUGCGAGAAUGGGCAUGCGAAUCCAGAGUUCGCUGGAGACGCUGGAUUGGUUCUGGAAGAGAAUGGGCUGGUAGUCAAGGAAUAUGUGCAUCAGGGGCGUUUCUUUUUAUUAUUUUUAGGGAUAUAAAAAGCCAUGGUUGUUUAUUUGCGUGACGCUUGGAUGUUGGAUAUAUUAUUAUACAGGAAUAUUUACUGGAGCUAGAAUCUAACACACGCUUUGUUAGACCAUUCCAAGAUGUAUGACUGUCGUGCUAUACAAUAGCAACGAGCGUAUUACAGCCUUUUCGUUUAAUCCCCCUCAAUCUCAAUAGGCUCUCUUGAACCAAGCCAGCAGUGGAAUUGCCAGCGCCACUCGUUCAGAGUUGCGUGUGGUAGGUACGGUAUGGCAACAUCAACAAGCGCAUCUGAGGCUUCAAAGUCUUUGUAAUAGAGGGCCAGGCCAAAGAGAAAUAUCCACACAACCAACAUAGCAAUUUGGACACCGAAUUCUUCCGUCUGUUAGUUAGGUAUCAGUGUUAAUAAUUUUCGCCAAAUCUUGUGUUUUGAACAAUUGUGCAAACUGUAACGAUGGGCUUCCAGUGGAUUCAGUUGUCCCUGACUUAGCGCCAACGCCUGCAGCCUUGUUGGGUGGAUAUAAUAGACACGUUUUCGGAAA